AUGGCCGCCUUCCAGACAGCUGAGACUCCACAGACCCCGGAUCGCCUGUGGAUCUGGGAGAGAGAUGUGUACAGAGAUGAGGACGAUCGCACCUGGGUGCCAGUGGUCAUCAAGACAGACAGCUGCACACGGGUGCUCAUGCGCCAGGAAGAUGUCCCCUUGGGGGAACCUCAGACCCCCAGUCAGCUGGUUUCGUACCCACUGCCUUUGAUGUGGCAGCUGUACCCGGGAAAACGAUACCGCGGCACAGACUCCAUGUUCUGGCGGAUAGUGUACCACAUCAAGUUCAGAGGCGUGGAGGACAUGUUACUGGAGCAGCUGCCAUCCCUGGAUUAG